UCUUCUUCUUUGCGCAAAUCGUUCGUCAGCUACCUUUACUUCUUCUCGAGGCUACCAGCCAGCAGAAUCGAAUUCCUCCCCAGUACAUCGCCGUCGCCGUCGCUCCACCGUUGCCAAGAACGGCAAGCUCUCUCCGGCCGAGUUCAAUUGGUGUUGCUGCUGACAGAAGUAGAUGGCAGAAGUAGUAGAAGUACACAAGGAUUGGAUUGGGUCAUUCCCCUCCGGGAAAAAGAUAACUGUUGUGUUUGUCAUAGGAGGGCCAGGAAGUGGCAAAGGCACUCAGUGUGCUAAGAUUGUGAGCCAGUUUGGGUUUACCCAUCUGAGUGCUGGCGAUCUUCUUCGCGAAGAAGUUAAAUCAGAUACCGAGCAAGGUACGAUGAUCAAGAAUCUCAUGCAUGAAGGAAAGCUUGUGCCUUCUGAGAUCAUCGUCAGGCUACUAUUAAAGGCCAUGCUUGCAAGUGGAAAUGACAAGUUUCUUAUUGAUGGAUUUCCGCGAGAUGAGGAGAACCGUGAAGCGUACGAGAAGAUUAUUAACAUAGAACCUGAGUUCGUAUUAUUGAUUGACUGCUCAAGGGAAGAGAUGGAGCGGCGCAUUCUACACCGAAAUCAGGGAAGAGAUGAUGACAACAUGGAAACCAUUCGGCAGCGGUUCGAAGUUUUUCAGCAAUCAACUCUGCCUGUUAUUCAGCACUAUGAGAAAAUGGGAAAGCUUCGAAGGGUUGAUGGUACCAGGCAACCAGACAUGGUGUUCGAAGACGUGAAGGUCAUAUUCGCGCAACUAAACACUCAGGCAAACGAAGGCAGCGGCGUAAGCAGAGUGCAAACUAAUCCAUUCAAGCGUUGGUUUCUUGACCUAUUCUGCGGCUGCUUCGAUAUGCAAGACAGAAGGAACUGACCAUCUUCUAAAAAGAUGUUUGGUGUGGCAGUGGCACCCUUCAGUCCUGGAUCAAGAUGGAGCAGCAAGCAAGUACAGCAAACGAAACCGUUAGUGUUGUGAUGUAUUCAUCUGGUGUGUUGUGAGCUCGAUUAAGCUGUGUGAAUUUGAUCGUGUAAACAUUUAAACGAAGACUGCGGUUUGUACUGAAUUUGAUCGUGUGACAUUUUAACAAAGAAACACAGGUUUUUCUUUCUU